CCGUCACUUUAAUAUUGAGUACGUUCGGCGAACGGUUACAAGUACUAUGAUUGUAAUGUAUCUAACAAUUCUAAUUCGAGUAGUACAUCUCCGUGACGAAUCGGACUUUUUUUAUUUUCAAGUAUGAUUCAACGGGAAGCCAAGUAAUCUUUUAUUUUCGAGUAUGCUGCGCGCGCUAAGUCAGCGCAUAACCUCCCCCAGUCUCCACGUUGCAAUAAUAUCACCUUGAGGAAGUACUCAAGUGACACCAUACAGGAUCGAAGACAUCGACAAAGAAAAGAGAAAACGAAGAGCUAGUGUCAUCUUCCAAUAGUGUUCACUUCUCUCUCGACUCAUCUGCCUGAUAAGGCAAUCAAAGAGAACGAAAGUAUCGCUGACUUUCGACGUGCAUCAUUCGCUCUGCUUCUUUCUCUCUGCGAUUCUCUCCACGUACGUUCUUGCGAAGAGUCGCAAAGUUAUUCGUGCGAGGAUAAUGUCUGACCCGCGUGUGAGAACGCUUAAGAUCAAGACCGGCGUUGUAAAACGUCUCGCGAAGGAAAAAGUCACGUACGAGAAGGAAGCGGCACAACAGCGGGAGAGGAUACAAAAAUUGAAGGAUCAAGAUAAAGACGGCUACGACAUAAGGAAGCAAGAGGAGGUGCUGCAGGAGUCCCUCAUGAUGGUACCAGACUGUCAACGACGUCUUGUUAAAGCAUUCGAGGAACUGAAAAAGAUCUUGGACACAGAGCAGGAUUUGAAAGAGUUGGAGGACUACAUUGAAGCUGAGAAAGUGCUGCAAGAGGCAGAGGCACAACUGCCAAAAGAAGGAGACAUCUUGCAAAUGUGUUAGAAAGUGCUGCGGUGACUUUCGCUAAAUUAUUCUUUGAAUAUUAUUUGAC